GUCACGACUCGCAUGGACUUCGCGGUGCACUGGCUCGCCCGCGCAGCCAGAUCCCUCCUGGCGAGUACACUCUCAAACGCUCAGAGCGCAUCGCAAUCAACUUUGGCGGGGUGGGCCACGUCGUCGCCACUGAACACCAACAUUCGCAAGCCCGUCAACCUGAUUCAGGCCAAGCACCAAGCGCCACUCUCGUUCUACUGCUUUCUGGCUGGGCUGCCGGCUCCGCAUGCCAUCGGCCACGCUGAAACGACUCAACACCAUGAUGCGCUGCCUCGUGGCCAUAGAAAGGGAUCAACCUUGCCGUUAUGAGGGGCACUACCAUGCGCCUGCAGGGCUGCAAUGCUCGCCGAAGCUCCUGCAGUCUGUCGGUGAGCGUGAAGUCGUCCACCGCCACGCGAAAGAGCAGCUUCAAGGCGUGCUGCUGCGUGUCUCCGAGACUAGGCCGCGGCACACGGGUAGGCGUCCGGUAUCGUCCAUCGCUAGAGUCCAACCGGAGAUCCGGGCUCUCCGUGAUUUCGCGAAACGAUAGAUCGCCUCGUGUCUUCCAGAACACAAAUCACAGCUUCGACGAGUGUGGAGUUCGCGAUAAGAUGCAAUUUUAUCUUGAUCAUGUGAGCCAAAACCAGCACUACCGGCCUGGACGCAGGUACAACCCAUAUCAAAUUGGCGUAGUCGCUAGCCUACAAUGCUCCUCACGGAAGCUGUCCUAUCCUCACUGGCCUCGAUCGCGGCCGAUCAUGACGAUGAGUACCUGAAAGACCAGUGGAUCGGGGAUCCUGGGAAAUGCGACGAGUGCGCCGGAAAAUAUCUACAAGUUCCCCAGGAAGUCCGGCCUCA